AAGACUAUGAUUAUUAUUAUUUAGCCUUCACACUGCCUGUUCAAGAUGGCGGCCGAAGCCGGAAAGUCAGAUCAUUACGCUGACUACAAAUUUGAUAGGGCAAGAAUAGCAAAAUUAUUUAGUGAGCUAGAUGCAAAUAAAGAUGGGAAAAUAGAUGUAACUGAACUUUCUGAGGGACUUAAGCGGCUAGGAGUGAAGCAUAUUCCCGGAUCUGCUGAGAAAAUAAUUGAAUUGGGAGACAAAACAGAUGAUGACCAUCUUACUCUUGAUGAAUUCUUGAGAUAUUGUAUGGACCACGAAAAGAAGCUAUGGCUUGUAUUUAAAAGCAUAGAUACAAAUAACUCUGGGACAGUGACUAAUAAUGAAUUAAGAGCUGCAUUUCACAGACUAGGAGUUGAAGUUGAAGAUGAAGAAAUUGCCUCUUUAAUGAAACACAUGGAUACGGAUGGCUCUCUACAGGUUGAAUGGAAGGAGUGGCGUGAUUACCAUUUCCUAAACCCACAUUCUCAUAAUAUCACUGAUAUUCUUAAGUUUUGGAAGCAUUCUAUGAAUAUCGACAUAGGAGAAAAUAUGGUUAUUCCAGACGAAUUUACGGAGGAAGAGAAGGUGACUGGGAAAUGGUGGAGGCAGCUAGUGGCUGGUGCCUGCGCUGGUGUUGUUUCUAGGACAUUUACUGCCCCUUUGGACAGACUGAAAGUUCUAUUACAAGUACAGGCUGGUAGCAAGGCAAGCAUGGGAGUUAAAUCAGGGUUUCAAGAAAUGCUCAGGGAAGGGGGAAUAAAGUCGCUGUGGCGGGGCAAUGGCGUCAAUGUGCUGAAGAUAGCACCUGAAUCAGCAAUCAAGUUCAUGGCAUACGAAAGGAUCAAAAAGUUGUUCAAAGAGGAUGGGACAAAACUAAACGUCGGGGAGCGUUUGCUGUCAGGCUCUAUGGCGGGUGUUGUAUCACAAACAACAAUAUAUCCAAUGGAGGUUCUGAAAACUCGAUUAGCCAUUGGCAAAACUGGCCAAUACAACGGCAUGGUUCAUGCUGCAAAGACGAUCUUUGUUAAUGAAGGUAUCAGAAGCUUCUACAAGGGCCUAACCCCCGGCUUGAUUGGCAUAAUACCGUAUGCAGGCAUCGAUCUAGCAAUUUACGAGACCCUGAAAACCACUUGGUUAAAUAGACAUGGAAAAGAGUCUACAGAUCCAGGUGUUUUGGUCCUCUUGUUAUGCGGAACUGCCUCAAGUACGUGUGGGCAGCUAGCAAGUUAUCCUUUGGCGCUCAUUAGGACGAAGCUGCAGGCACAAGCACAAAAUCAAUCGCCUACGCAGAACCAAGUUGGCAUGAUGUCAGUUUUAAGAACAAUUGUUAAAGAGAAUGGAUUUUUUGGUUUAUAUAGAGGGUUGACUCCAAAUAUAAUGAAGGUAGCGCCUGCUGUUAGUAUUGGAUAUGUUGUUUACGAACAGUUGAAGAAAUGGCUGGGUCUUGCGUGAUAGGUCACGUUAUGGAAAGGCCAGUUUACUGAAAGGUUCGUUAAAGUUGAAAGGCUGCUGGCCUCCGCAAAGUUAAAAUGGUGGUUAACGCAAUAUUGCAUUCAUCACCGUAUUGGGAUGUUGUUUCGGAACAAGGAAAUUAUAUAGACUUUGAAUGGCGGGGACUUGGAAUAUUGCGAUUAUGAAGAACAGACGGAGCACCAGAUUGCUGAUCGCGACAUAUUCUUGGUAAAUUGGGCACUUUGACGUUCAAUUUGACUAUAGGAAAGAUGUCAUCUAUACCAAAGAUGUGCGUUAGUCGUGCAAAGAUGUGCACCAGCUGUCCUUCAGUCCUCGUGAAUCAUCGAUACACGACAGACCUAUUUCAUGGAUAUGGUAGCCGUUUUACGCCAUUCAUAGUGCAAGAAAACAUUUAGCGAUAACUAGUUACGUUUAGAAUAAUUGUUCUCAUUGUAUUUCUUGGGUUUUCGAAAUUGUAAUAAAGUAUAGGAAAUAUGUUCAAGAUAUGUAUUAAAUUCAAAUGUUUUUAAGAAUUAUGAGGUAAAAUAAUUAUGUCUCUGUUUCAUCGCGCUACUCAGAUUACAGAAUGUUAACUUUAGAAUGAAGUAUAGCAUUUAGCCUGAAUUUUAUUUUAUUACGUAGUGAAGAAAUAUGAUUUCGAGUUAAAGAAAGAACCCCCGGUUAGUAGAUAUAUCAUACCGUUAACAUUAAGGACGGGGUUCUGGGAACAAGUCAAGGCAAACGGGGCAACAAUUUAUCGAAGGCAAGGACAAUGCUACGUUCAAUUUAGUACGUGUUUUGCAAUGUGAGGUAUCCCGCAAGAACGGUCGCUUGAUAGGAGGGAUAUCUUGAUAGGAGGGAUAUCUUGAUAGAAGGGGUGCCUUGCAACAAGCAAUCUGUUGCGAAAAAGAUUGACGUGAAAACGAUGCCCACUUAGUGUUUCCUAUUUCAUUUCGACAUUAAUACUAUAGCGUUAGAUAACUUCUCAUAGUAUCCCAGUAUGAAAUGAUACUUGCUGCUUCCAAAAGCACUGUGGCACAAGGCCCAUUCUUAUUUCUUCUUCAGAAGCUCCGAUUUAAGAAGUGUCUGAGGUGUCAAUUUUUCGUUUCAGUUGUGUAUUCUUCAGUUAGCCAAUGCAAUGUAUUUAUUUAGUCAGCCAAUCAUAUAUUUCAAAUAUUUUUCUUUAUUGUGGUUCAAAUAUGAAUAAAUUUCCGUUACCAAAAUCAAAUUUCAUCUUUGAUUUUAGCAAAUCUAAGCCUCACGUUUGUUUAAACGAAACACUACGAUUUCUCAUUUUUGCAAAAAACAGUUAGAAGUUACUUUUUAUCUCAAGUUGCAUUAAAAUAUCCACAAUUUGAUAUUUCCAUGUAGUCUAAUAGACAGUUUUUUGUUUUUGAUUAUUCCAUUCAGUAUGCCAAUUCAGUUAACGAACACGUUUUGGAGAAUUCUUUGGACGUAUUGUACUAAUUAUUUUACUUUAGAUUCAAAAUAUUUCUAGUCUUCAUGUACGUUUUCAUGAUGCAAGCGAACGUGACAUUGAUUUUAUGACGAGACUCGUGGAUUUAACCGGAUUGGUAACUGAGGGUGGCAUUUUUGCUGUCAAAUCCCUUAAAAGUUUUUGUUUGACCAACAUGAAAUCCGAAAAAUAUGAAGAUUAUUCCCAGACGAAAUGUAAGGUGGUUAAUCCUUUUUGAGCACGAAAUUUGUACAAUGAAGAUCGGAGUAGAUUCGAAAACGAGACCGUAAAGCGAAUUGCUGUAUUGACUGCACGGUUCCUGAAGUAACUAACUCUAGGGGUAAUUAUAUUCUAUAGACGUCCCGAAAUUUUUGUGACUUUAAUGUUUAUAUCAAUCAUUUUUAAUCGUUCUGUUUAUUUAUUCGAUUUUAAUGUAAAUUUUUCAUUUUGGAAUUCACGAUAAUAUUUCAGUCAAUGUCCUGGGUGAA